UGCGGCGGCGGCGCGGCGCAACCAAACCCCCGCUCCCCCCCGCCCACCCCGGCCCUGGCACCGCCCCCCGCCUCGGCUGUGAUUGGCAGGGCGGGCGGAGCGCUCGGCGGCGAUUGGCGGGUCCCGGCCGGAGGUGGGAUUCUUCGUUGUCAAGCCGCCAAAGUGGAGAGUGCGAUUGCAGAAGGGGGUGCUUCUCGUUUCAGUGCUUCUUCAGGCGGAGGAGGUGGUAGGGGUGCACCUCAGCACUAUCCCAAGACUGCCAGCAACAGCGAGUUCCUGGGGAAAAACCCAGGGCAAAACGCUCAGAAAUGGAUUCCUUCACGAAGCACUAGACGAGAUGACGACUCCGCAAACGACAAAGAACGACAUGAUGCAAUCUUCAGGAAAGUAAGAGGCAUACUAAAUAAGCUUACUCCUGAAAAGUUUGACAAGCUAUGCCUUGAGCUCCUCAAUGUGGGUGUAGAAUCUAAGCUCAUCCUAAAAGGGGUCAUACUGCUGAUCGUAGACAAAGCCCUUGAAGAGCCCAAGUAUAGCUCGCUGUACGCUCAACUAUGUCUGCGACUGGCAGAAGAUGCACCCAACUUUGAUGGCCCAUCAGCAGAGAGUCAUCCAGGACAGAAGCAAAGCACAACAUUCAGACGCCUCCUAAUAUCUAAACUUCAAGAUGAAUUUGAAAACCGAACCAGAAAUGUUGAUAUCUAUGAUAAGCAUGAUGGUCCCCUCCUCCCCGAGGAGGAGGAACAGAGAGCCAUUGCCAAGAUCAAGAUGCUGGGGAACAUCAAAUUCAUUGGAGAACUUGGCAAGCUUGAUCUUAUUCAUGAAUCUAUCCUUCAUAAGUGCAUCAAAACACUUUUGGAAAAGAAGAAGAGAGUCCAACUCAAAGAUAUGGGGGAGGAUUUGGAGUGCCUCUGUCAGAUAAUGAGGACAGUGGGGCCUAGAUUAGAUCAUGCGAAAGCCAAGUCCUUAAUGGAUCAGUACUUUGCCCGUAUGCGCUCCUUGAUGUCAAGUAAGGAAUUGCCAGCAAGGAUUCGUUUCCUGCUGCAGGAUACUGUGGAGUUGAGAGAACACAACUGGGUUCCUCGCAAAGCUUUUCUUGACAAUGGACCAAAGACUAUCAAUCAAAUCCGUCAAGAUGCAGUAAAAGAUCUGGGAGUUUUUAUUCCUGCUCCUAUGUCUCAAGGGAUGAGAAGCGACUUCUUUCUGGAGGGACCCUUUAUGCCACCCAGGAUGAAACUUGACAGGGACCCACUCGGAGGGCUUGCUGAUAUGUUUGGACAAAUGCCAGGUAGCGGAAUUGGUACUGGUCCAGGGGUUAUUCAGGAUAGAUUUUCACCCACCAUGGGACGCCAUCGUACAAACCAACUUUUCAAUGGCCAUGGGGGUCACCUCAUGCCUUCUGCUCAAUCCCAGUUUGGAGACCUAGGCAAAUCUUUUCUGAAAAGUCAGGGGCAAAGCCAGCUCUACCAUACCCAGAAUCAGGGACUCUUAUCCCAGCAACAAGGACAGUCGAAGGAUAUGCCACCUCGGUUUUCUAAGAAAGGACAGCUUAAUGCAGAUGAGAUUAGCCUGAGACCUGCUCAGUCUUUUCUAAUGAAUAAAAACCAAGUGCCAAAGCUUCAGCCCCAGAUAACUAUGAUUCCUCCCAGUGCUCAACCACCACGCACUCAGACACCACCUUUGGGACAGCCGCCUCAACUUGGUCUUAAAACAAAUCCACCGCUUAUACAAGAGAAGCCUGCAAAGACCACCAAGAAACCACCUCCUUCUAAAGAAGAGCUCCUUAAACAAACUGAGGCUGUGGUGACUGAGUAUCUGAACAAUGGAAAUGCUAAUGAUGCUGUCAAUACUGUGAGAGAAAUGAGAGCUCCGAAACACUUCAUUCCUGAGAUGCUGAGCAAAGUAAUCAUUCAAUCCCUAGAUAGAUCAGAUGAAGACAAAGAGAAAGCAAGCACCUUGAUCAGCUUGCUCAAGCAGGAGGGAAUAGCCACCAGUGACAACUUCAUGCAGGCAUUCCUGAAUGUAUUGGACCAGUGCCCCAAACUGGAGGUGGACAUCCCAUUGGUGAAAUCCUACUUAGCACAGUUUGCAGCCCGUGCCAUUAUUUCAGACCUGGUGAGCAUUUCCGAACUGGCUCAACCACUGGAAAGUGGCACCCAUUUCCCUCUCUUCCUGCUCUGUCUUCAGCAGUUAGCUAAGUUACAAGACCGUGAAUGGCUAACAGAAUUGUUCCAACAAAGCAAAGUGAAUAUGCAGAAAAUGUUACCAGAAAUCGACCAGAACAAGGACCGCAUGCUGGAGAUCUUGGAAGGGAAGGGGCUUAGCUUCUUGUUCCCGCUUCUGAAACUGGAGAAGGAACUGCUAAAGCAAAUAAAAUCAGAUCCAUCCCCUCAAGCCAUCUACAAGUGGAUUAAAGAUAACAUUUCACCCAAACUUCAUGUAGAUAAGGGAUUUGUGAAUAUAUUGAUGACCAGUUUCUUGCAGUAUAUUUCUAGUGAAGUAAACCCACCCAGUGACGAAUCAGAUUCUUCAUCUGCUCCAUCUAAAGAGCAGCUAGAGCAGGAAAAACAGCUGCUUCUUUCCUUCAAGCCAGUAAUGCAGAAGUUCCUCCAUGACCAUGUUGAUCUGCAAGUGAGUGCUUUAUAUGCACUCCAGGUGCACUGCUACAACAAUAAUUUUCCAAAAGGCAUGUUACUGCGCUUCUUUGUUCAUUUCUAUGACAUGGAGAUCAUUGAAGAAGAAGCCUUCUUGGCAUGGAAAGAAGAUAUUACUCAAGAGUUUCCAGGGAAAGGCAAAGCUUUAUUCCAGGUAAACCAGUGGUUAACCUGGCUGGAAACUGCUGAAGAAGAAGAAUCUGAAGAAGAAGCUGACUAAAGAACCAGCCAAAGCCUUAAAUUGUGCAAACAUACUGUUGCUAUGAUGUAACUGCAUUUGACCUAACCACUGCGAAAAUUCAUUCCGCUGUAAUGUUUCACAAUAUUUAAAGCAGAAGUAUGUCAGUAGGAUAUCCUCUGCAAAAGGUUUUUGUAGUAUGUCUUAAUAGUCUACAAUAAAAAUAUUUUAGAGUAUCUUUAAUGUUUAGAUAACAGUGUAUUAGCAGCAUGCAAUAAUUACAUCAUAAGUUCUCGAGCAGAAGCAGUCUGUUGCAAGGGUCUUCUUUGCUGCCAGUUAUCAUAGGCUGUUUUUAAGUUAGAAAACUGAAUAGCAACACUGAAUACUGUAGAAAUGCACUUUGCUCAGUGUAAUACUUGAGUUGUUGCAAUAUUUGAUUAUCCAUUUGGUUGUUACAGAGAAUCCUUAACUGUAAUCGAUGGUUGGUUGUUGCCGUAAUAGUAUAUUGCCUGUAUUUCUACCUCUAGUAAUGGGCUUUAUGUGCUAGGUUUUAAUAUCCUUGAGCCUGGGCAAGUGCACAAGUCUUUUUUUUUAAAAGGAACAGUUUACUUGCACAAAAACUGAUCGGCUGAAGAGAUGGUUUAAUGCCCUUUGGAAGAGGUUUUUGUGGGUGUGAAACAUGGCAUGGUGAGAAAUUUGAAUUGGUCCCUCUUAUAGUACUGAAAUUAAGUCUACUUAAUUUAUCAAGACAUGUUCAUGCCCUGAUUUUAUAUACUUGUAUCUAUCAAUAAACAUUGUGAUACUUGACUUGUUUCUGAAUGUCUCCCAGUAGAAAAGCUUUGGACUGGUGAUUAGUUCACUUAAGAAAGGAAAUAUCAGUGGGAGUUGCUUUAGAUGGGAGCAUCUUGAAAUUAUUUUUACACUCAUUGUCUGAACAUGCAGAUGAAUUCUAAAUAAGGUCACGGACAAGAUUAAACACUACAGAUGUGUUAUGACAGGAGAAAAAUGAUGUAAUUCUGCUGAAUAAGUGGUAGGGGUUUGCCUUGUGGUCCAGUGUAUGCUUUAUCAGUGAGUAUGUGCUUUUUACCUUGGUAAUGCUUUGAGCUUCCCCAGGCCACAUGCAUGUUUUCAAAUUAAAUGGCAUUGUCUGUUAGCUGCCUGUUUCUCAAAUCAGAUUGGCAAAAAGUCCCUACAAAGGAGUUCAAUGAUGUUGCAUUGUACAGGCUUGAAAUGUCAUCUAUUAAAUACUCAAAAUACCUUACUUCUUA